UCUGCCUUCUGAGUAGCUAGGAUUAUAGGUAUGAGCCACCAGUGCCCAACUUGACAGCUAUUUUUUAAAUAACAUGAAUUUAUCCUUAGAGAUGGCAUCUCAUUGUUUCCCCAGCACAGGGCUGGACCCAAACUGGGCUGAAGCCAUCUUCCUGCCUCAGCCUCCUGAGUAGCUGGGAUGGCAGGCCUGUGUCACUAUACCUGGUUCUUGACAGUUAUUUCUAACCUUAGCUAAGCCCCAUUACCUCCAGCCACGCAAGUACCUUUUCUGACCCAGAGCUCUUCCUGCCCUAUCAGGCCAGGGGGACCCCUAGUUAGUGCCAGUUUCCUUCAGAACAUUCCUGUUUCUAAGGACUCAGGAAAAGGAGAACAACAGAUUUAAUUAACUCCCAGUGACUGGCAGCAUCGUGUUUUUAUCCGGGCUGCGUCGCCAUGGCAGCUUCAUGGCAGGGUUGUCGAGGGGGCGGGCAGAGCUAUUGUUCCUGCCAUUGUCUGUUCUGGAACGCAGGCCCAGGAGAAAAGGACUGGCACAGGCACCAAGUGGCACAUGGCUGAAGGCAGUCAUGGAGUCAGACAGGAGCCAUCUGGGGAGAAGCUGGGGUGGCAGUGGCCUGGCAGCCUUCUAACCUGGGGCUCAAGCUCCCUUAGUGUGGUGUGCAGUGGGGGGCAGGUGGGUCACUGGAGCUCCUGGAAGAGGCCCAUAAAGAAGCUUAAGCAGCAGCACUCCCCACCCACUCAGGAUGGGGCUUUGUGGCCAGGCCUGGGUUUACAUUACACAGCUAAUCACUCCCCAACCCCUCAUGUGUGAAAGAGACAUUCCAGUUACCCAAAGGGUUGUGUGUUAAAGUUCCUGUCAGCAGGUACUCAAAAAGGACUUGCUUCUGCUCCGUGGGAGUGGUGACCUGUCACCCGCCACCCUUCACUGCGUGAAGAUGCAGGGUUGCCCCUCAGCCUUGACCAUAGAGGAGGUGGAACAGUGAGUGCAGGACUAGGUGGGUCCCAGAGGCAAGCUUGUGAGUCUCACUUAGUUUUCCUUUCCAUUCUGCACAGGGAAAGGAAUCGGGGAAGGGAGGUGGCAGCCUGGAGAUACAGUAGUAGAGCCAAGUGGGGCUGUGGAUGGGUAGGAGGCGGGAGAAGCGGAGUUGGAGCUGGAAUAAAGCAGGCGGAGACGCCGAGAGGAAAGGAAGAGAGCCUGGCCCACGCCCGCAGAGACGCGUCACGCACAAAAGCAGGGACUGGUGCGCAGUGGCAGUCGGAGCCAGCCGCCCAAGUCCCCUGCAGGUCCCUCGCGGCCCCGGGUGAGACACGCCCGCGCUGGCCGGCGCCAUGGGAAGGAGCAGGCGCCACAACUGCCCCCCGCCGGCGCGCGCACGAGUUGAGCCCCGCCGCAGGCAACCCCCGGCCGCGGGUCCCCGAGUGACGCUGGCGGCACCUGGGAGCGUGGCGCGGGCUCGGGGUUACGCAGAGGAGCCCAGUGUUCAGUGAAGCUGCUGAGGACCCGCCGCCCGCGCCGCCGCCAUGGUGAUGUCCCAGGGCACCUACACGUUCCUCACGUGUUUCGCCGGCUUCUGGCUCAUCUGGGGUCUCAUCGUCCUGCUCUGCUGCUUCUGCAGCUUCCUGCGCCGUCGCCUCAAACGGCGCCAGGAGGAGCGACUGCGUGAGCAGAACCUGCGCGCCCUAGAGCUGGAACCCCUGGAGCUCGAGGGCAGCCUGGCCGGGAGUCCCCCGGGCCUGGCGCCGCCGCCACCACCGCACCGCGGCCGCCUGGAGGCGCCGGCGCACGCUCAUUCGCACGUGCACGUGCACCCGUUGCUGCACCACGGGCCCGCGCAGCCGCACGCGCACUCGCACCCACACCACCACCCGCUGCCGCACCCACCUCCGCCCCACCUCUCGGUGCCACCCCGGCCCUGGAGCUACCCGCGCCAAGCGGAAUCGGACAUGUCUAAGCCACCAUGUUACGAAGAGGCGGUGCUGAUGGCCGAGCCGCCGCCCCCCUACAGCGAGGUGCUCACGGACACACGCGGCCUCUACCGCAAGAUCGUCACGCCCUUUCUGAGCCGCCGCGACAGCGCGGAGAAACAGGAGCAGCCGCCUCCCAGCUACAAGCCGCUCUUCCUGGACCGGGGCUAUACCUCGGCGCUGCACUUACCCAGUGCCCCACGGCCUGCGGCACCCUGCCCUGCCCUAUGUCUGCAGGCUGACCGCAGCCGCCGGGUCUUCCCCAGCUGGACCGACUCAGAGCUUAGCAGCCGCGAGCCCCUGGAGCACGGAGCUUGGCGUCUGCCGGUCUCCAUCCCCUUGUUCGGGAGGACUACAGCCGUAUAGAGGGGCGCCCGGCGUCCCGGGCCCCACCGGCGAACUCCUGGCCUGACUGCGGGGCUUUUUAAAUGCUUCCCUUGGACUGCGGGGAGGGGUGGGAGGAGGGAGGGAUUUCUUACCCUGUUUGUUACAUUUUGAGGAUAAUAAAGGUGUGUGAUCUGCUUUGGUACAA